CCAGUUGUUUCCUGGAGGAAUAGGAAGCAAGGAAUAAGAUAAUGGAUGAGAAGGUCCACAUUCACACCUGGUCCUGUUCCUAUUACCUCAACUCGGAGAAGCAAUGGGUGUCCGGGAAACUCCUCCUGACGCCGGUUUCGGUCAAGUUUACCGCGGACAAAUCUGGAGAGGUCCUGGCCAGCUUCCCCCUUUCCUCCAUCAGCGAGAUCAAGAAAGAAUCGUCCACCUUGAUCUUCAGUUCCCUCACCAUUUUGGAAGGCAGCACCAAGCAUUGGUUCAGCUCCCUCCAACCCAACCGGAACGUGAUUUUCAACGUGCUGGAACACUUUUGGAGAGAGCAGCUGCUCUCGCCCGACGGGGCUAGGGCGCAGACGGCGUGCGUCCAGACCCCCAAGGGCAAGGAGUUGACCGGCUUGUUGAUGGGGUCUCAGAAGCGUCUGGAAGAUACCUCAAAAGUGCUGGAGCACCAGGGCGAACAGUUCGAUAACAUCAUAAAAGGCCUGGACAAGAUUGAGUCGGAGAUGGAUGUGGCAGAUAGGUUAUUAUCCGAACUCGAGUCUCCAUCUUGGUGGCCUUUUGGUGGGAAACUCCCCGCCAAAGCCGUGUCCGAAGGAGGAAAAGCGACGGAGAAACCCGCGGCUCCGCUGUCCGGGAGCAAAGAUGGCGUCCUCCUGCAGAUCCCCGUCAUUGUCACCGAGCGGGCCGACGCUCACGCCAAGCCGGGCAGCCUCGCCCUCUUAGUGUCCGGCCUGAGGAUCUGCGGCGCCAAGGCCCAGCUGCUCCACUGGUUUGAGAAGCAGGACGUGGACGAGGUCAGAGUGCACAGCCCGUACGAAAUCUGCGUCCGCCAGAGGUUUAUCGGCAAGCCGGACAUCUGCUACCGGCUCCUGUCGGCCAAGAUGCCCGAGGCCAUCCCGUUCCUGGAGAUGCAGUUCAGCAAGAAGAUCCAGUUCCUGCAGGAUGCCGUGGGGCUGGCGCGGGCUAGGAGGGCCUCCCCGGAGGAGGCGGGGGGCUCCAUCUGGCAGAUCCUUCGGAGGCUCAAGUGUUUGGCCCUGGAAACCGAAACGGAGCUGGAGCGGCAGGACGAGAGCCUGGAUGCCAUUACGUCCUCCGUGGAUCAGGCCAACAUGAGCAUCGACCGGCAGAACCGCAGAAUCCGGAAACUCACCUAG